UCGGAGCAGAGAAGCCGCCGCCGGUCGGGAAACCUGCGGGAUGGGAGAGGAUGAGGUGAGGAUGGAGAGCGGGGAGGGUGAGCAGGGAUGAGGAUGGGAUGGGACAGGCAGCAGGAAAGAGGAGCCGAGGUGAGGAUGGGAUUGGGAUAGAGCGAGGAAGCUCAGCUAAGCGUCCUUUGGCCAAGGGGAGGUUUUGGCAAUGAUCCCGGAGCUCUUCCCAGAAUGCGAAACGAUUCUGACAAGCAGCCAGGCUGCCUUACCAGUACUGCCAGCACUGCCAGCACUGCCAGCACUGCCAGCAUUCCAGUGCCACCAGCACCACCAGCAUCUCCCUGCUGCUGGAGGGACAAUGACCGCUCAGGGAAGAAAAACGAGGAAUGGUAAACAUCUGUCAGGAGAGGAAAGGCACUUGGACAAUGGGACAUUGUGCAGGGAAGUGGAGUGUUUCUCAUCAAGAAGAAACGAGCAGCCAAUUGCAAAAUUUUGUCUGUGGAGCAUCUGGCAAAAACCACUUCCGUAGUGGACAAAACAACAAAAAAAAAAAUCCUAACAAAUUACUCCACAGAAGUGGAGCUCUGACGUAGCCAAAGAUGCAACUUCCGACUGCCCAAUGACUGCACCAAGUCUUGGGGAGCAAUACCAGAAUAGGGCAUGGACAGCAGCUGGUACGACAGGACUGGGGAGCUCCUGGUGAUCUGAACACUUUCUCCUUCUUCAUACUACUGAUCUGGGAGGAUCCACUUUAGGAUAUUGACCCCAAAGAUGCAAGAGCUACCAGGAAGCACCACUGAUCUGCACAGACCCCCUUUUCCUGCUGCUGCUCCACAGUAAACAGGGCACGCUCCUUCCCUCCGGUGCUCAAUCUUCUCCAGUGAGGAAAAUUGGCGUCUCACAUCCUCAGAAGCUCCAAGCAGCCAAUUUGUCCCCAGAUAAAGCAGCUUUUUGGGGCGUUUCUGCACAAUCAUGGAUCAGGCACAGAGCACUGGGCAGUUGCACACAGGCUGCCUCUUCUCCCAUCAAAAGUCUGUUGGUCUUGCGGGAAAGGAAAUGUAUUGUCCGAGCGAAUACCCCAGAGGACGAACACUGCAGCAGCUGCAUCUCGCUGUGAAAGAAUCUUGAUGCUUUUACAAUUCAACCUGAUGUCUCAUUAGACUGGUAAUUGCCACCUUCCUAAUUGUUUGAUGGUGCUCAAGCCUCCUCUCCCCAUCCUACCCCGAUGCUGGCAUCCUUCUGAGAUUGUUCAUUACUGCGUGCAUUUGCCUCCAGCCUCCCAGCGUGAGAAUCCCUCUCCUCCAGCUUCAUCCUGCAUCAGGCCUGGGUGUCAAUUGGGAAUUUGUCUGAGCCCUCACUUUGGAUCCACUCCAGCUGGUCUGGAGGCUCCAGAGCCCUUCUGGACAGACUGAUAGCCCCUGAGAGAGCCUGGAGAGGCUGGUGGCAGAUGAGGAGAUGGCAGGGGACAACAAACACGACCCCACAUCCCUCCCUGCAACCCUACACCAGAAGCACCCAUUCACCCCCACCAAAGUUUUGGGGUGACAGAAGAGGGACUGGACUGGACUGGACUGGAGAGAGUCUUGGGGACAUCUAAGCAGGGGCAUCACUGGGGGACAUCACUGAUAGGAUGGCAUGUCCCCGAGCAAAGCAGCGUGUCACAGCCUGUGCCAGCUGUGCUGGAAUCACUAGGAAAAGGCAGGAGGCUGGUGGGCACCCCCUCACCCAGGUGCUGCUGGAGACAGAGACUCCUGGCAGGGCAGGGCUCAGCAUGGCACCGCAGGGGUGUGACAGCAGGGGUGGCAGUGACAGCGGGGCCAGGGCAGUGAGUCACCCCCUCCGUGCCUCCCUCCACCCCUGGACUUUGCCUCCCGCGGAUGCUCGCGGCAAUAAAUCCCGGGCUCGGAGGCGGGAAUGCGGCGUUGGGGAGGGCGCGGGGGUCCCAUCCCAGGGGUGUGGGGGAUCUGCACGCAGAGUGCACGAGUGGGAUUGCCAUGGGCAGUGGGAUUGCCAUGGGCAGUGGGAUCACGAGUGGGAUGAGGAUGAGAGCGCGCCAGAGGCAGCGGGCAGGAGUGCGAGGGAGCGUCACACGGGCAGGCAGGACAUGCAGGUGGCAGUGUGACGCUUGUGACGCCGCGAGGACCUGCCGGGAGAAGGUCACCUGUGAGCCGGGGCACCUGUACGUGUGUCGCCACCGCUGCCACCGCCGCGGCCCCAGCCCGGCGGCGGGCGGGGUGACAGCCGCACCCUGGACCGGGCGGGUGCUGCCCGCCCCCCUGUCCCCAUCCCUGCCUCCGCCGAGGCCACUCGGGCUCCGUGGCCCCACCGGACACCCCCAUGCAGCAGGAGCCGGGGGAACAGAGCCCAGGAGCCCCCGAAACCGAGGUCAAGGCUGUCGUCGUGGGGGAUGGCGGCUGCGGGAAGACGUCACUGCUGCUGGCCUUCGCCAGGGGAGACUUCCCCAAGGUCUAUGUCCCCACCGUGUUCGAGAAGUACACAGCGUCUCUCCAGGUUGCCGGCAAGCCCGUGAAGAUCCACCUGUGGGACACUGCAGGACAGGAAGACUACGACAGGCUUCGCCCUCUGUCCUACUCAGAUGCCAACGUUGUCCUUAUAUGCUUUGAUGUCACCGACUCCAACAGCUUCGACAACAUCCUAACGAAGUGGUACCCAGAGGUGAACCACUUCUGCAAGGGGGUCCCCGUGCUGCUGGUGGGCUGCAAGACGGACCUGCGGCAGGACCAGGAGGUGCUGCAGAAGCUGAAGGACGGGCGGAUAGAGCCCGUCUCUCGCCAGCAGGGAGAGGCCAUGGCCCGGCAGGUCCGCGCCGUGUCCUACAUGGAGUGCUCGGCCAGGUACCAGGAUAACGUCGGGAACAUCUUUGAGACAGCCUGCAGUGCCGCCAUCAGUGCCGCCCGCCGGAGGCAGCGCAAGACGAGACCCAGGAGGGUCUGCGUGCUGCUCUGAGCCCCCCGGCUCGGCACAGCCCCCCGGGAUCUCCUGCCGUUCCCAGGCUCCGACCGCACCGCGGCUGCUGCCGCGGCUCUGCCUCCACCCCCAGAAUGCCGCUGCCGCCCUCCCGGCCCGCGGCUGGCGCUGCUGGUCACCGUGGGGGGACAGCAGGAAAGCAUUGUAGCAUGAAGAAACUGUCACUGGAUCCCAGAGUCCUGUGACUUUCCCAUAAGGAAUCCCAGCAUGCUGUCUCUGUCCCACCAGGAAUCCCAGCAUCCCAUCCUACCAUAUGUGCCAGCAUCCCCUGCCAGCCGGGCUCUGGGAGCAGAGAACUGAUUUGGGGGCUCCCCUUCCCGCUGGCAGGCCAGCGCCGGAGGGUGACACGGGGUGACUGCGGGGUCAUCUUCUGCCAUUAAAGUGACACAAAACUC